UAUUUCCCUCUCGUUCGCUGCUUCUCAUACCCCGCCUAUGUCUCUCGCUGUUCUUCCUCGCCGUUAAUACACCUCCCUCCGCUGCAUCUCCUGGUCUCGGCGCCUGGGAGAUCUCCCUCCGUUAUGCUCCUCCGCGCCGCCUUUGCCGCUCUGCUCCUCACCUGCACCGAACUCGUUUCCGGGAGCUCCACCGCCAGAAAUCCUCUGAAAACCCUCGCUAUUGCAAAGAACCCGUCAAUCUUGACCCAGAAUCAUCGCGUCACCGCUAUCUCGUCGUUCGACCUUGCCUUCGACCUCGCCGGCAGUCGUGUGCGCCUCAGCCUCGAACCAAACUAUGACAUUAUUGCCGACGGUGCUACUGUAUCAUACUUGGGAAAAGAUGGAACUAUCACUAAGAUCGAACCGAUAGACCGGUUGGCGCAUAAGGUCUUUAAGGGCACUGCAUGGCUGAAGAGGGGGUCCGGACCAUGGACAAACGUCGGAUGGGCGCGGAUUGUAAUAAGAAGAGAUGGGCUAGACCCGUUGUUUGAAGGAGCCUUUACCGUACAUCACGAUCAUCACCACGUCCAGCUCAGUUCGAAUUAUAAGGCUACAAGAGAUGUGCUGGACCCAGAAUUGGGCGGGCGGGACGAUGACUACAUGGUUGUAUUCAAAGACUCGGAUAUCAUGAGUGUUCGGGACCACGCUGAGCUGAAGCGUGAUACCGAGUCAAAAUAUGCCUGUCAGUCGGAUAACCUCGAGUUCAACCUGAUGCCGGACCACCCCGUGUAUGCCGGCAUGCGGAAGCGCGAGGACGACUUCUGGGCCGCUCCUAUCUCAUCUCUCUUUGGAAAACGACAGAUAGACAAUCCGUCAGGAGGAGGAAACUCUGCUGGUGUCAAUCUGGUUUCCACAAUCGGCGACACGCAAGGCUGUCCCACGACCCGCAAAGUCGCUCUCGUUGGUGUCGCUACAGACUGCACCUAUACCGGAUCUUUCAACAACACCGAGACUGCUCGCCAGAAUGUGAUUACCCAGAUGAACUCCGCCUCCAGCUUAUACGAAAGCACCUUCAAUAUCUCGCUUGGCUUGGCGAAUCUCACCGUCAGCGAGGCUUCAUGUCCUGGCACUCCACCACCCGCUAUGCCUUGGAAUCAGGCCUGCUCUUCUACAGUCGACAUCCAGGCACGACUGAACCUGUUUUCGGCGUGGAGAGGAUCGCAGACCGACUCGAAUUCGCAUUGGACCCUGUUGAGCACGUGCAACACAGGAUCUGCUGUUGGCUUGGCGUGGUUGGGUCAGGCUUGUGUUACGGGAUCUCAAAGUUCGAAUUCAUCCGACGGCCAGGAGACCGUAGCUGGUGCUAAUGUGGUGGUGAGAACCUCGACAGAGUGGCAGGUCAUUGCUCAUGAAACCGGCCACACGUUCGGUGCAGUCCACGAUUGCACGUCUACGACAUGUUCCGAUGGAACGACAGUCAAGGCGCAGCAAUGCUGCCCUCUUAGCUCCAGUACCUGUGAUGCAGGCGAACAGUACAUCAUGAAUCCCUCCACUGGCCAAGGCAUCACGAAAUUCUCCCCUUGUUCCAUCGGAAAUAUCUGCUCAGCUAUGUUCCGCAACAGUGUCAAAACAACAUGUCUUACCAACAACAAAGGCGUCACCACCAUCUCGGGCCAGCAAUGCGGUAAUGGCAUUGUCGAAGAGGGCGAGGACUGCGAUUGCGGCGGAGUGUCAGGCUGCGGUGACAACGCCUGCUGCGACGCCAAAACUUGCAAAUUCAAGUCCGGUGCCGUGUGCGACGAUUCAAACGAGGACUGCUGCAAAAGCUGUCAGUUAGCCUCGAACUCCACCGUCUGCCGUGUGUCCACCGGCGAGUGCGAUCCCCAGGAGACCUGCACCGGCACCUCAGCCUACUGCCCAGCAGACACGACCAAGCCCGACGGCACGACGUGCGGGUCCAGCGGCCUGAAGUGUGCCAGCGGACAAUGCACCAGCCGCGACCAGCAGUGCAAGACGGUCAUGGGCAGCUACACCCAAGGCAACGACACGUACGCCUGCGACGCCAACAACUGCCAGCUCAGCUGCGCCAGCCCCGAGUUCGGCUCGGGUGUGUGCUACGGCCUGCAGCAGAACUUCCUCGACGGCACGCCGUGCGGCGGCGGCGGCAAGUGCAGUAACGGGCGCUGCGCCGGCUCGUCGCUCGGCAAGGAGGUCAAGUCGUGGAUCGACGGCCACAAGGCCAUCGUCAUCGGCGUCGCCGCCGCCGUCGGCGGCCUCCUCUUGCUGUCGCUCCUCGGCUGCCUCUACCGCUGCGCCAAGCGCCGCCACCAACGCAAGAUCUACGCAAACCGCCAGUUUGCGCCGUAUGGCGCGCCGCCGCCGCCGUAUGUUCCUGGCGGGCGGCCGCGCAACGGCCCGCGCAGCGGCAAUGGCUCCUCCCAUCGCGGUCACCGGUCGCCGCAUUCGGACAGCCCGAAUGGGAGCCAGGGCCCGCUUAUGGGGCAGCCGGGCUAUAACAUGCCCCAGGGGGAGUACAACAUCCCCCCGCCGCCCUUCUACCAAGGGGGGCGGAGAGAUUUGGGCGGGGCGGGGGAUAUUCCCGCGCCGCCGCUGCCGCCGCCGGGGUUUGUGAGACAGAGUAGUGUACGGUAUGCGUGAUGGAGGAUGGGAAGCCGUAAUUAUAUAAAGAGGGGUGGGCUGGUUGUUGGAUUACGAGUACGAAUGUAACGACUUCUCUCUCCGGGGGAAAGAAUUCUGGGUCUGGCGUUUUUUUUUUGUUAUAUUAUUUUCUUUCCGCUUUGGGCAUUUUUUUGGGGGAGUGAGCGUAUUGCAUGGGCAUCGAAUCGGGAGGGCUGGAUGCAUCUUCGGCGGGUAUUGGGUCGC